AUCACUGAAAAACACAUCAAAAGAGCAUAGUUAUAAUUUCAUACUUUUCAUGUUCGAUUUUCAACCCUAGUUGUAAAUCCUUGUGUUUUUUUUUUUCAGCACCCAAAAGCUAUUAUUUGUUUGUCGUGUUCAAUUUCCAACCUUUGUUCUAAAUCCUUGCCUUUUUCUUCUAAUUCCAUACAAAUUAGAGGAAAAAAUGAAAUCUUUAAACCAAGAAUUGAUGUUUCUCAUUCUUCAAUAUCUUGAUGAGGAGAAUUAUAAAGACACUGUGCACAAGUUAGAACAAGAAUCAGGUUUGUUCUUCAAUAUUAAAUAUUUUGAAAAGAAAGUUUUGGCUGGAGAGUGGGACGAUGUUGAGAAAUACCUAUUUGGAUUUACAAAAGUUGAUGACAAUCGAUACUCCAUCAUGACAUUCUUCGAGAUUAGGAAGCAAAAAUAUCUAGAAGCUCUAGAUAGACGAGACAGAGUGAGAGCUGUUGAAAUUCUAGUGAAUGAUUUGAAAGUUUUUCAAUCGUUCAAUGAAUACUUGUUCAAAGAGAUCACAAAUCUUCUAACCCUCAAUAAUUUUAGGGAAAAUGCACAAUUGUCAAAGUAUGGUGACACUAAAUCAGCUCGAAAUAUUUUGGUAUUAGAGCUUAAAAGAUUGAUUGAAGCAAAUCCUAUCUUUCAAGAUAAACUCACAUUUCCUUCAAUUAAAUCAUCUCGGUUAAGAACCUUGAUUAAUCAAAGUGUGAAUUGGCAGCAUCAGUUGUGCAAGAAUCCAAUGCCAAAUCCAAACAUUAAAACUUUAUUUAUUAACCAUUCUUGUUCACCUGCAAAUGGAUCUCCCUCACUUGGACAACAUGUUGGGCCAUUUACACCAUCCCAAUCUGCAUCUAAUGUUAAUACUUUAGUGGGAUGGACAUUGAAUGAGAUUCAGUCCACAUCUUCCCAAAUACCUGUAGGUGUUGCUUCCUCAUUGUCUGCUCCCACACAUCAAGCCUCCAAUGCUCUUGGAAUGUUGGAUUAUCUACACAAUGAUCAAGGACAACUAAUGACACAAAUGCGAACUACACAACGACAUGUAGAAGAGGCUACGUACAAUGCUACACCGCAACAAACAUCUUCCAUCUUUGAUGAUCUUCCUAGAAUUGUUGUUUGUACAUUGCAACAAGGUUCAACAAUUACAACAAUGGAUUUUCAUCCUUCUCUUCAUUCAUUACUUGCUGUUGGUUGUGCAAAUGGUGAUAUUUCACUUUGGGAAGCAGGACAUCAACAAAGAAUUUUAUCAAAUCCUUUCAAAAUAUGGAAUAUUUCUAUUUGCUCUGUCUUAUUUCAGAAUGCACUUUUGAAAGACCCGUCUGUAUCCAUUAAUCGUGUAUUAUGGAGUGGUGAUGGAGAUUUUAUUGGGGUUGCUUUUACAAAACAUUUGAUUCAUUUAUAUAUCUAUCAAGCACCUAAUCACCUACAACCAUUUUUAGAGAUCGAUGCUCACGUCGGUGGUGUUAAUGACUUGGCUUUUUCUAAUUUGAACAAGAAUUUAUGUAUUGUAACUUGUGGAGAUGACAAGUUAAUAAAGGUAUGGGAUUUGAACGGAAAAAGGCUUUUCAACUUUGAAGGUCAUCAAGCACCUGUUUAUUGUAUCUGUCCUCAUCAAAAGGAAAAUAUUCAGUUUGUAUUUUCAACUUCUAUUGAUGGGAAAAUCAAGGCAUGGUUAUAUGAUAACAUCGGCUCUCGAUUGGACUACGAUGCUCCUGGACAGUGGUGCACCAGAAUGCUCUAUAGUACUGUCGGAAAUAGACUGUUCUCUUGUGGGACAAGUAAAGAUGGAGAUUGUUUCCUAGUUGAGUGGAAUGAAAGAGAAGGAUCACCAAAGAGAAGAUAUUUUGGGUUUGGAAAGAAAUGUAAUGGAAUUGUGCAAUUUGACACAACAAAGGGUCGUUAUUUGGGUGCUGGUGAAGAUAAUCAGAUUAAGUUUUGGGAUAUGGAUAAUGUCAAUGUCUUGUUUAGUACAGAUGCUGAAGGAGGUCUUCCUAAUCUCCCUCGUUUGAGAUUCAAUAAGGAAGGGAAUUUGCUUGCUGUUACAACAUCAGAUGGUGGUUUCAAAGUCCUUUCUAAUUCUGAGGGCAUUAAAUACUUUAGAUCUCAUCAAACACUUAAAGCUCCACUUGGAACAAAGAAUGGGAGUGAUUCUAUUCCUAGAUGCAUAGAGAGGAAAGGAAGUUUGGAUUAUGCAUCGCACAAGGCUAAAGUUUGGGAAACAACAGAAAUAAUUGACCCCAUUCAGUGUAGAACAAUUACUCUCACAGAUAAUGCAGAUCCCACUAACAAGGUUGUUCGCCUUAUUUACACAAAUUCUGGGGUUAGUCUCAUUGCUCUUGGCUCAAAAGGGAUUCAGAGGUUGUGGAAAUGGAGUCGUAAUGAAUUGAAUCCAAAUGGAAAGGCCACAGCAAGUGUUGUUCCACAACUUUGGGAACCGAAUAAUGGUAUUGUGAUGAUUAACGAUGUUCCAAACUCUUCUGAAGCAAUAUUUCCCUGCAUGGCACUCUCAAAGAAUGAUUCCUAUGUUAUGUCUGCAUGUGGAGGAAAAAUUUCAUUGUUCAACAUGAUGACUUUUAAGGUUAUGACAACUUUUAUGCCACCUCCACCUAUUCCGACCUGUCUGGCUUUUCAUCCUAAAGAUAACAAUAUUGUUGCAAUUGGGAUGAAUGAUUCCACAGUUCAUAUUUAUAAUGUCAGGGUGAAUGAGGUCAAAUCUAAAUUGAAAGGUCAUCAUGAGUGUAUCACUGGUUUAGCUUUUUCAGCUCGACUCAAUAUACUGGUUUCAUCAGCCGCUGAUGCUCAGCUUUCUUUUUGGAGCAUUGACUCGUGGCAUAAGAAAAAAUCAGUAUCAAUCCAAAUGCCUAAUGGAAAUACACUUGUUGGUGAUACUCAAGUGCAAUUCAACAAUGAUCAAAUACGCUUGUUGGUGUGCCAUGAGACUCAACUUGCAAUAUAUGAUGCUUUUAGAAUGGAAUUGAUUCAAAGCUGGGUAGCACAAGAGUGGUUGAUCGGUUCCUUAUCAUGUGCAACAUAUUCAUGCAAUAGCCAACUAGUUUAUGCUACUUUCCCUGAUGGAAAUAUUGGAAUAUUUGAUGGGAACACACUCAAGGUCAAAUGUCGUCUUGCUUCAUCAGCAUACCUACAUCAACCCACAAUAAUAAGGAAAAAUGUGUAUCCUAUAGUUGUUGCAGCUCAUCCUGAUGAGCCUAAUCAAUUUGCAAUUGGACUUUCUGAUGGCUCAAUUAAGGUUAUUGAGCCUAGGGAGUGUGAUACCAAAUGGGGAAAUUAUUAAGACAUAUGUUGAUAGUGUGACGAAAUAUGGCAAUAAUCAUCAAAAUAAUGUAACUUUGAGCACUUUCAAUUAAAGAUCUUAUUCAUUUACAUCAUUUUAAACUUUUGGUUCCUUCGUUUUUUUUUCCCGAUGAUAUGGUGUA